GCGGGGUUACCUGCGCCAGGUGAUGCGCCUCACCUGGGCCGGGAAGGCGGAAGUGCUGCUGGACAUGUCAGCCUCGGCCGUCUUCAUCCUUGACCUCAAGGGCAAGAUGCUCAUCUGUCGGAAUUACAAGGGGGAUGUGAACAUGUCGGAGAUUGAGCACUUCAUCCCCAUCCUGACGCAGAGAGAAGAUGAAGGAGAUAUCUCUCCACUUCUGUCUCACGGCAAAGUCCACUUCCUGUGGAUCAAACACAGCAACCUCUACUUGGUUGCAAUGACCAAGAAAAAUGCCAACGUCUCUCUUGUGUAUGCUUUCCUCUACAAACUCGUUCAGGUCUUUACCGAAUACUUCAAGGAGCUGGAGGAGGAGAGCAUCAGGGACAACUUUGUCAUCGUCUAUGAACUGCUGGAUGAAGUGAUGGACUUUGGCUUCCCACAGACAACCGACAGUAAAAUCCUGCAGGAGUACAUCACGCAGCAGAGCCAGAAACUGGAGCUUGCUGCCCCUCGGCCCCCGGCCACUGUCACCAAUGCCGUGUCCUGGAGGUCAGAGGGCAUCAAGUACAAGAAGAACGAGGUCUUCAUCGACGUCAUCGAAGGGGUCAACGUGUUGGUCAGCGCCAAUGGGAACGUGCUUCAGAGUGAGAUCGUGGGCAGUGUCAAGCUGAGAGUCUUCCUGUCCGGAAUGCCCGAGCUCCGUCUCGGCCUCAACGACAAGGUCCUCUUCGAACUGACCGGCAGAAGUAAAAAUAAAUCCGUGGAACUCGAGGAUGUGAAGUUCCACCAGUGCGUGAGGCUCUCACGGUUUGAUAAUGACAGAACCAUCUCCUUCAUCCCACCAGACGGCGACUUUGAGCUCAUGUCUUACCGCCUCAACAUCCAUGUGAAGCCUCUGAUUUGGAUUGAAUCGGUGAUAGAGAAAUUCUCACACAGCCGUGUUGAAUACAUGAUCAAGGCCAAGAGCCAGUUCAAGAAGCAGUCGGUUGCCAACAACGUGGAGAUCAUCAUCCCGGUGCCCAGCGAUGCCGACACUCCCAAGUUCAAGACCAGCGUGGGCAGUGCCAAGUGGGUGCCGGAAAAUAACACAGUGGUGUGGACCAUCAAAUCCCUGCCAGGCGGGAAGGAAUAUUUGAUGCGCGCCCACUUUGGCCUGCCGAGUGUGGAGAAUGAAACCACUGAGGGCAAACCCCCGAUCACCAUCAAAUUCGAGAUCCCCUACUUCACUGUAUCGGGAGUCCAGGUGCGAUACAUGAAGAUCAUUGAGAAGAGUGGUUACCAGGCGCUGCCCUGGGUCAGAUACAUCACCCAAAGUGGAGAUUACCAACUGCGCACACAUUAAACUGCCGACAAUUGGGAACAUUCUCCUCAUUUCCCUCUUUCAUUUGUUUUAAUCGGCUGCUUAUUACUGUUACAGCAAGUGCCUUAAAUAUCUUGUUCACUUUUACUGUUAAGAUGACCCUAAAAUAAUUAAAUUAAUUAAAGAUGGCUCUCUACUAUCACAGAGGCCAACAGCAAUACAGACCUUCCACAUACACCUUGGGAGCCAAGAUGCUUCACAAGACCGGGACUUACCAUGGUUUGGACAAGCUUUGGUUUGUGGAGCUUAGAGGGACCUUCUGGCCAUCUGGGCUGUGGAAUUGGACCCUGCCUGAUCAGUACUGUUGCUUGUACCUUGUGUACCUUGUGCCUGCCCCUCCUUGCCUUGCCUUCAUCCAGGUUUGGAAACGCCAAAGGAUUCCCAGAAUCCACAGCCUUUCUGAGAGAGAUUUGCACUUCACUCCUGACUGGACCAACAGUGACCCAGAACUAGAACGGGUCAGGCAGCAUCUCUGGGAAAUGUGGAUGAGUGACAUUCCCUCAUAGUCUGAAGAAGGGUGCCCAUCUGAAACGUCACCUAUCCAUGUUCACCUGAGACGCUGCCUGACCUGCUGAGUUACUCCAGCACUCUGUGAAAUGUCAGCUAUCCAUGUUCUCCAGAGAUGCUGCCUGACCUGCUGAGUUACUUCAACACUCUGUUUUUUUGUUAACCAGAGAAACGAUCGGUGAAUUUAGUCACAAAGCUGAAGUGUUGCUGAAGUGUCCAAGGGAUCUCACUCGCGCUCAUGGUUUAUUGGGCAGUCUCGGAGGCGUGCUGCGUUUCAGAGGGAACAUAGAAACAUAGAAAUUAGGUGCAGGAGUAGGCCAUUCGGCCCUUCGAGCCUGCACCGCCAUUCAAUAUGAUCAUGGCUGAUCAUCCAACUCAGUAUCCCGUACCUGCCUUCUCUCCAUACCCCCUGAUCCCCUUAGCCAGAAGGGCCACAUCUAACUCCCUCUUAAAUAUCUUAACCUCUGUGGCAGAGAGUUCCAGAGAUUCACCACCCUCUGUGUGAAUGUGAGCGUGAUGUUACUGGUAGAGGCUUCUGUAGUUCCAGUUUCCUCCAUUCUUGCUUUCUAAACCAUGUACGUCCGCAAUCUGAAUUACGAGUAGAAACUAGCAGAAAUAUCCAGCAGGCUGGGCAGCAUCUGCGGAGAGAGAAACAGAGCUAACAUUACAGUUUGAAGAUUGACACAAAAAGCUGGAGUAACUCAGCGGGUCAGACUCUCUGGAGAAAAGGAAUAGGUGACUUUUCAGUUCGAAACCCUUCUCCAAGAAUGAAGAAAUGCCACUUAUCCCUGCUUUCCAGAGAUGAUGCCUGAACCAGCAUCUGCAGUUUGUUUCUAACAUUACAGUCCAUGUCUUUUGUUGUUGUCACCGUUCCCAAAACGAUUCUUCCAGUUCGGUGUUUAGUUUGAGCACUGCUCCCACUAAUACAUUAGUGCCUGUAGAUUUGUAGAAAAUCACCAUUUAUAACCUGUGCAGAAAGUCGCCUGUGUUUUUUAAAUUUUGUGAAUAAAGAUUUGAAAAUGCAUUCAAUUAAAACCCCUUUUGUAAUUCCACAUUGUCCAAUGGAGAGACCUGAUUGUUCCUGAAACUAAUGUCAGUUAAUUUCAAUAAAAGCAAAGCAGAAACUC